ACCGCUGCAGUCACACCUACACUCCCAGUGAGGACAUAGAGGAGCUCACUCAGAUCUGCAGGGACAACGUCUGCCGCUGCACGCAGGGUGACUGCUGUGUCUCCAGAAGCGACAGUGAAAACGUCCCCAACAAAGAAAGAGAGACGUUUGCCUGCAACACGUUACACCACGUUUUCCAGGUGAAGGUGCUGAGCGUCACUCAGAGUUACUACGACAAGUACGAGAUGGAGAUCACACAAGUUAUCAAGCUGGGCGUGGAGGCAGGAGUUGAAGUGGGCCAGAGGAGGUUUUUCAUGUCUCACGGAGGCUGCAGAGAUGGACUGGUCCUUAAGGAGGGCUCCCAGUACCUCAUCAUCGGCCCCAAAGAGGACCAGUGGAACAUCGACGCUGACACCAACAGAUUCAUCUACAUGUUAGGAAAGGACUCCUGGGUGGAGCACUGGCCUUCGCCCGAUGAGUGCUCCAGCAGUCCCAGCCUGCAAGCUAAGUGCAAGAGCCUGAAGGAUGCUGCAGAUGAACUGUCCAUCAUCGGCUGCCGGCUGUAGAGGUGUCUGAGCUGCAACUCCACGCCACUCUCUUUUGCACACUUAUGUUGUUGUUUUUCUUGCAACAACAGCAAUUUGCUGUGCACACAAAGACUCAAUGGUCAUUUUAGGGCCACACAGCCUGUGCAAUGAGUAAGUUAUUUGUGUUCCACUUUGGGGGAGAAAGAGGACUGACAGUGGAGCUGGAGUUCUCGUGUUCUGUUCAAAUUUGUAAGUUUAAAUUUCUGUUAAGAAACCGAUGGUUGUCUCAGUGCUGUAUUCUCAGAAAGAAAUAUAUGAAAUCAGUGUACUCGCUUAAAUAAACAGACUACUGCACAUACA